AUGGCCAGGCUCUGCCCCAGCCUGCUGCUCCUGGUGGCCACUGUGGCCCUGGCGUCCAGUGCUGUCCACGCCUGGGGCACGCCGAAGGUGGUGAGGAAGUUCCAAGACGUCCCGAAGUCCUACGUGUACGUGCAGCAGGCUGUGUGGUUCGCCAUGAAGGAGUACAACAAAGCCAGCUCAGACAAGUUCGCCUUCAAGGUGGUGGAGAUCCUGAAGUCCCAGGAGCAGAUCACGGAUAGCUUGGAUUACCUUAUUGAAGCCAAGAUUGUCCGGACAACAUGCAAGAAAGUUUCAGGAGAACAUGAGAACUGCUCAGAGCAGCAGGACCCCCAGAUGCAGAAGAUGUUUUAUUGCACCUUUAUUGUUGCGUCCAAACCCUGGAACUUUGAACUCAAGCUGCUGAAGAAGGAAUGCCGACCCGUCUAG